CCCGUAGGCUCCCCCGGGCCAGCCCCGAGCGGGCCAAGCCGGGCGGAGAGGGAGCUCCCCCGCCUCGCCGCGGAGCCCCUUCUUCCCGUUCCGUCCCAGCACAUACUGGGCUCUGCCUCCGCUCCCCUCGGCCCUCCCACUCGCACCCUGCGGCCUCCUCCCUCUCGCCUCCUUUGCCUUUUUUUUUCCUCCUUCUUCUUCUUCUUCUUUUUUUUUCUCCUCUCUUUUUCCAUCCCCUCCCCCGGCUGGGAAGACCUGGGCGCUCCCCCUGCCCCGUCCUCAGUAGCCGCGGGCGCGGGCGGCGGGCGCGGAGCGGGGAGCCUGCGGCCCGGGGUCGUGGCCACCUUCCCCUCCGCUCGUCCUGCAGGGGUGCCAGGGGGGUAAAAAGAAGGAACAAAGCCAGCCCCAGAAAAAAUGGAGCUCCUGUUACUGCUGGCCCUAAUUUUUGCACCUGUUUUGGGUCUCUCUAAUGGAACAGAAGUUGAAGAAGAUUUUACUUGGCACCUAAAGAAGAUUCCCCAGGUUGUAAGCGAGAGAACUUUCCCCCUCAACAGCCCUAAAUUUGAGGCAAACCCCAGCCUGGAGCUGCAGAGUGUCUGUGGGAUUGAGUGCCAGAAGAGACUGCCCGCGCCAAGCCUGUCGGAUGUGAAGGACCUCUUAGCCUACGAGACCGUGUUUGAGAACGGCACACGCACCCUGACUGAAGUGAACGUCCUCGGGCUAGUGCUGGACCCCGCUGCAAACGCGACCACAGAGAGACCUCCGCGGAAGAAGAGGCAGAUCUACGGCACAGACAGCAGGUUCAGCAUCUAUGACAAGCGGUUCAUGACCAACUUCCCCUUCAACACGGCUGUGAAGAUCUCCACCGGCUGCAGCGGCAUCCUCAUCUCCCCCAAGCACGUCCUCACAGCUGCUCACUGCCUGCACAAUGGCAAAGACUAUGUGAAGGGCAGCAAAAGGCUGAGGGUGGGCCUGAUGAAGACGAAAUCCAGAGGCGAAGGCCGGAGACGCAAAGGUGCUAAAAGAAGCAGGAGGGAAGCUGCUGCCCGCCAAGAGGAGCCCGCAGCUGCCACAGGACCACGGCGGCACUCCAGAGGCCGUGGGAAGAAGCAGAGGAGAGCUGGGAGGAAGCAGGACACCUCAGAUGGCUUGCCCUCCUUCCAGUGGACCAGAGUGAAGAGCACCCACAUCCCAAAAGGCUGGUUUAAGGGUGUCUCUGAGGACGUCGCUCUGGAUUACGACUACGCGGUCCUGGAGCUGAAGCGCCCCCACAAAAGGAAGUACAUGGAGCUGGGAGUCAGCCCAGCCGUCAAGACGAUGCCCGGGAGCAUGAUCCACUUCUCAGGCUUUGACAGCGACCGCUCUGGGCAGCUGGUCUACAGGUUUUGUAGCGUUGCUGAGGAGUCCAGCGACCUCUUGUACCAGUACUGCGACGCUGAGUCUGGCUCCACGGGAUCUGGCGUCUACCUCCGGCUUAAGGAGCCCAACAGAAAGAAGUGGAAGCGCAAAAUCAUCGCCGUUUACUCAGGCCAUCAGUGGGUGGACGUCAACGGCGCGCAGCAGGACUACAACGUGGCAGUGAGAAUCACUCCUCUCAAGUAUGCCCAGAUCUGCUUCUGGAUCCACGGGAACGACCAGCACUGCACCCGGGGCUGAGGGGAGCCGCGCCCGAGCCGCUGAGCGCCCGCACGACCUGCCGCAGCAGUUCCCGGGGGAGCAUCGCUCCACGUCAGGAUGGGUUUGAACCCAAAGCCCACGAGUACCGUCACGGUGACUCAAGGAGCACGGAAUUGCUGGGGCAGGGCGGGGGAGGAGGGGCAGAGUUGUCAAGCAAAACGUUUCUAAUCGCAGUCAGCCCUAGAGAGGCACUUCAAAAUCCCACACCCUACUUAUGAGCGCAGCCUGCCGGGAAUUCCAAUCGCUCACGUCAGAGAAGGAAAAACAAUCCCUGCACUUGUCUAGAUGCCUCUUUUGUUCCCCCAUCAUGGGAAGGAUUGAAACAUCUCCAAGUAGUAGUAUUAACCAUAGCUACUUUUUUCCCCAGUGGAUUGCUUGUCUCAGGGUUCUGUUCCAGCUCUCCAGACACAAGUGAUGCCUCAGCGCCGCAGCACUCUGCGUGCGGGAUCACCACGAGACCAGGACAGCCUCUUGGCAUGCUCUAAAGACCACAGCUCCACGGUGAGAAGCAGCAGCCUAGGCCACACUUGUUAGCUCAGAAAGCCUCCUCCUCUGGGUGCUGCAGGAACACUGCCAUGGAAAUCUCAAGGUUUCUGUAGCUGAGGAUCAGACCUUAAGGACAAGCUUCACUUCACUGCUCAGUGAAAACAGCAGAGAGAGAUCGAUGCACACAGUGCACUCUGUCUUGGGAAGAAGAAGCAUCAGGAUGUAACUGAAUGCCUUAAAAUCCUGUCUGAGAGGCUAUGGAAGUCUUAACCUAUGCAUUGCAUUCACCUUCUAAGUAAUACCUGGGGAGCUGUAGGUUUAGUUUCUAGUCAAAUCUUUAGCUUUACCCUUGGGAGAAGUCACUGACUUCUGAAGUGGCUGUUUGACAAUCAUUUAGAGCUUCACAGGCAAUAGAUUUAUAUCUCUAUCUAUGUAUAUAUUUUUUGGGGGGUGCUAACCAUUUUAGCUGGAUUUAUAAAUUCCUUUUAACGCAAGUUCAGCUUCACAGAUAAGAGAGCAAGUCUUAGCCUGGGAGCUGGGGAGCAGUAUUUUCAGCUGGCUUCUUACAGUUUUAAUCCAUGUCACCUUGAGGCUCCACCUCAACAGGAAUUACAAGGUUGAGCUAAGAGUU